AUGUACUGUGGCUGCAGCUACAUUUGCAGUUAGCCACUGACACUGUGCGUGAAUCUCAUGCUCAGCCGAAAUCUUUUAACUUGCCUUAUUCCUAUUUCCACUUGAAUUUCCUCUUAAAGAAAGGAAAAAUACGGGAUUCAGACAUGAGGGAUUUUGCUGUAAUCUUGCUCUUGGCGACUACAGUGCCUGUUUUUGUCGUUGGCGAUACGCCAGCAAAUUGUACUUACGAAGACGUCGCCGGGGAAUGGGUUUUCGAGGUCAGCGGCUAUGGCGGUGACAACAAAAUUGAUUGCACAAAGCCAGGUCCUGUUACAUAUAAGUUGCAUGUGCAGUUGCUUUUCCCUGAUGUGGCAGUGGAUCUAGAAUAUGGCACCAAAGGAUUCUGGACACUAAUCUACAACCAGGGUUUUGAGGUUGUGCUCAACAAUAGGAAGUACUUUGCUUUCUCAGAAUACACUCAGAAUGGAAGUCAGGUCACCAUGAACUGCUCUCAGACCUUACCAGGUUGGUCACAUAAUACCAUGGGAACUGACUGGGCCUGCUAUGUAGGCAGGAAAGUAGGUCCAUCAAAGGUAUAUCAACACACUGUCAGUAUAGAAAGGCAUCAGUACUUCAGCCAGAAGAUAUACCAGAAUGAUAUGAAGAUGGUGGAAAAGAUCAACAGAGUUCAGAAAUCCUGGAAGGCAACAGUCUAUCCCGAGCAUGAGAGGUAUACAGUGGAAGACAUGCAGAGGAGAGCAGGUGCCAUGAAUGGUUUAGGAACUUUCAGACCAACUCCAGCCACUGUUACUGACCAGGCAAAGAGGGCAGCAUCCACAUUGCCACUAGGGUUUGACUGGCGGAAUGUGGACGGCCAGAACUUUGUCUCUCCUAUUCGCAAUCAGGCGUCUUGUGGCAGCUGCUAUGCAUUUGGUUCCCUGGCCAUGCUGGAGUCUAGAUUACGUAUAGCGACCAACAACAGCAUACAGCUGGUCUUCUCAACGCAGGAUGUAGUAUCUUGCAGCGAGUAUUCACAAGGUUGCAAUGGGGGAUUCCCAUAUCUUGUCGCUGGAAAGUAUGCAGAAGACUUUGGUGUAGUAGAGGAAUCAUGCUAUCCGUACAAAGGAAGCGACAUCUCUUGCUCCAAGGAGAAAUCCGGCUGCCGUCGAUAUUAUGCCACCAAUUACAACUAUGUGGGUGGUUUCUAUGGUGGAUGCAAUGAGGAACUGAUGAAAGCUCAACUUGUCAAGAAUGGCCCCUUGGCAGUUAGUUUCAUGGUUUACGAUGACUUCAUGCAAUACAGUGGUGGAAUAUACCACCACACCGGUAUCAAGAAUAAAAACCUAAAAUUCAACCCUUUUGAGAUUACCAACCAUGUUGUCCUGGUUGUAGGUUAUGGUGCUGAUGAGGGAUCAGGGGAGAAGUUUUGGAUUGUCAAGAACAGCUGGGGUAAAGACUGGGGUGAAGAGGGAUAUUUUAGAAUCAGACGGGGAACGGAUGAAUGCGGGAUUGAGAGUAUUGCAGUAGAGUCCUUUCCUAUCUAUCCAUAGGAAACUGACCAUGAUAGUUUAGAUUAUAUGAACAAAAUUUUGCAUUUUUGUCAUUAUCACUGGUGGCAGAAUAAGAUAACAAUUUCAAUUGUUGAAAAUAUCCAAAGAGGUUCUAACAGGUGUUCAAAGUGCAAUUUUGAUGAUGAGAAAUUUUGAAAUUCUUUAAUUUAUAAAUCAUUAUAUGUCGAUUGUAGAAAGUAUGCAAAGAGGUUCUGACAUGUAUUCAAAAUGCUGCUGUGAUGAUGAAAACAAAUUUUAUUAGUCAUAAAAAUUUUCAUCUCAUGUUAUGUGCUUUCCUUUUUGAAGAAGUCAAUUUGACCAAGUACUAUUUCACGAACUAUUUAAUCUGCCACAAUCACUGCUCACUUGCCAUAGAAAUUCCAAGAUUAGUAGUACCUGGAGAAAUGAGAUCUCAUCUUAGAUCUUAUCUUUACCUUACAUUACCGUCUUGUCUCCUGUCUGCCCAUAGCUUUGAAAACAAGAUGUAUAUGUGAUGUCUUGCUAUUCAAUUUAGGAUGAUAUAAUUGAUUGUCCCCCUGACCAAUUAGGAUGCUGUUCAAUCUCUGCCUCUGUCCAUAGGAUUAUGAAUAUAUGUGUCCUGUUAAUAUUGAAGUAUGUAUUUCAAAGCCAUUGGAUAAGAGGAGGACAGUCCACCACAACACAACCAAAGAGUAGAAAGAUUAAUUUUAGUGCUAA